UGAAGCAACAAAGGUUGUUAUAAGUUUUUUACUCCACACUGGUCUUUAUUUGAGGAUUUAAUCUAUGAGAUGGAGUUCUUCAGAUGAACUGGGGAGGGCAGCAAUACGCCUUUGAAGCGUCUAAGCUGCCGCAAAUCAUACAAGAAGAAGAAGAAGAAGAAGAAGAGCGCUAGUGAGGCGAAGCGCCACCGGAUGAGUUUCGAGCACGCAUUUCGGUGUCAUGGCGUCCUCCUGCUCGCAAGCUCUCAGGCGGCAUGUGUGUAAGAGCUGCACAAUACUGCGCCUUCACCUGCAGAAGUCAGGGCCUAAGAGGAGUUUUGUUCUGAAUUCUGCUGCAGAUCAACAGCCUGCCGUUUCUUCACCAGAAGAAAUAGUAAUUCCAAAGAAGAAAACAUGGAGUAAAGAGGCUGUCUUACAGGCACUGGCAUCCACUGUGAGCAGGGAUCCUACAGCCUCAGAUUACAGAUUACAGGAUGAUCCAUAUCUCACUCCAAAAACAUCGUCAGAGUUUAAAUUAUUUUCCUUGUCCCAGGAAUCGGGCAAAAAUGCUGCCAAAUAUUUCAUCAAUACAUACCCGAAAUACUUCCAGAAAGACUAUGCUCAGCCUCAUAUUCCUUGUUUGAUGCCGGAAACUCUUGAGGCUCAGAUCGAGGAGGUGUCUGAAGCUGCUCUCAUAGAGAGAAUUCACAUGAGGAAAGUCGAAGCUGCUGUGGAUCUGUACGACCAACUGCAGCAGGCCGGUACACCAGUGUCAUUGGAUGUGACCAAUCAGUUGUUAGAUCUGAUUUGUUUCUAUGGAGAUAGUGAUCCCGCACAAGAGAAUGUUCCGAAACAGAGGAGUGAGGAGACGGAGGACGUCCAGGAUGAACCGCAGACUAAAAAAGGAAGAGCAUCUAAAGCCAGUGAUCAGUUGAAGGCCGCUUGGAAAGAGAAUAAUAAUGCAGAGAGGAUCUUUGCGCUGCUGUCAGAGCCAAACACGCAUUCGUACAGUGCUCUGAUACGAGGCAUGGUGAAGUAUUGCGCUUAUUCUAAAGCGUUCAGCACCUACACCGACCUGCUCAACAACCGACUGAAAGCCGAUGUGAACACCUUCAAUGCCCUGAUCACAGCCGCCCCGGAAGUAAAAGAGAAAUACAAUGAGAAAUGGGAGCUGAUAGUGGAUCUUUUGAAGGAGAUGGCAGAGCAGAAGGUCAAGCCGAACCUCCUGACGCUGAACGCUGUCCUGAAGGCUUUGAGACACUGUGGCACUCUGGGCAAAUCUCAGGCCUUUCCUGUGAUCAGUGAGAUGAAGGCUCUCUCCAUCGAUCCCAGUCUGGCCUCUUACAAUCACUUGCUCAACAUAUUUUAUAAACCAGGUGCCCCAUUUCUGGGCCAAACGGGGAUUCUGCAGGAAGUGAUGAACGAGGUGUCAGGGAAGAGCUUCACUCCACAGGACCCUGAUGAUGCACAGUUCUUCAUUACUGCUGUGAGAAUAUGUCUUGACACUAAGGACAUUGAGCAGGCGUACAGGGUUCAUGAGCUGCUGGGGGUUGGAGAGAACUGGAGACUUCUGGGAAAAGAUCUCCAACAGAACAUUUACUAUGCGCGGUUCUUCAGUCUGCUCUGUAUGAUGGAGAACAUUGAUGUGAUGCUGAAGUGGUACAGAGAUCUUGUUCCGUCAGUGUACUACCCCAGUUCUAACAUCAUGAGAGAUCUGCUCCAAGCGCUUGAUACCGACAACAGAUUAGACCUCAUCCCACAAAUAUGGAAAGAUAUCAAACAGUUGGGCCAUGCCAACAGACAGAAGCUGGUGGAAGAUCUGCUGACACUUAUGGCAAGAGAGAAGCAAAAUCAGGAGGUGCAGGAGUCGUUUGCUGAGUGUGCGCUGGACAUCAAGAAAAUGUAUGACACUGGUGACCGGGGCAAGGUUAUUAUGAGCUGGACGGCCACUUCUCUCAGCGACAUCAUCUCUGUUUUACUAGCAGCUCAGAGGAGGCAGGACGCCUGGGAAAUACUGAAACUCUUCAAAACACACAACAGAGUUCCAAGUGAGGAGCUGCUGAACAAGUUCUUGAUGUGUAUAAUGGAGAGUGGUGAAGUGAAUCAUGCAGUGGAGCUGGUGCAGAUCUCAGCUGGCUUCUGUUUGCCCGAGACCCCAAAACUCAUCCAGAGGGUCCAGCAGGAGUUUCAGCUCUCAGAGCAACAGAAGAACAUCUUGUCUGAUCUGGAGAUUCAGACCUUUAACAGCGAUUAAAUCUCGACAUUCUGCAGCGUGGAGGGAUCAUAGCAGCUAAAAAUCUGGAGAAAUGUCAAUGUGGUCAUUUUCAAUGUCAUUAAUAAUUGUGUACUUAAACAUGCUUUUCACAUUCACAGAUUUCAGUCUUCAUUCAGAUGGAAACUAAGUAUUUUACUUAAGAAAAGCAAAUGUUUCCUCCCAUUUCCUCAUGGCUUCUGGACUGGUACUUCAGGACAGUUUCACCGUUUCUGUUGUGUCUUCUUCCAAAUGCUCAUGUAGCUGUUUGUUCAGCUUCAAAUAAAGAAUAGAGCUAUAAGCAGCAAUAAUCGGUGUUCAAAGAAUACACAGAUGUAACACGAGAGGGGGUGAAAUAGCUCAUAUUUUUGAAAUCAUAAAAGUCAAGAGAAAUAUUACAGGUAGUUUAAUAAAUCAUGAAGUGAUGAAUGCGUUGAUGACAGUAUUACAAAAGAGAUGUUACAGUUUUACAUGAAGUAUAUACACCUCUGAGGAUACUAAUGACUUUUUUAAUUUUCUUUUUAGAGGAUUGAUGUUAUUCCCAUUUUCCCAAAUAUCGACAGUUCUAACUAUAAGUAAGUUUGCAACUACGUGCCAACUCUUCAUUAGAGUAUUAGUAGACUGUUAGGUUAGGGUUAGUAGAAUAAGUUGACAUGUACUUGCAAAGUUUGAUGUGGUUAGACAUCUGUUAUGUUUAAGACACUUUAUCAUUUUGGUUUUGGACUAAAAUUUAUAAAUAUCAUCAAAACGUUUUAUAUUGACAUAAUCCCGUGGUCUUCCCAAAUUGACAUGCCCAAGAUUUCAGGUGAUAAUCAGGUGGUAUUACACUCUA